CGGUCCGAUCCGGCCCGAUCCGGUCCGCCUCGCCUCAGGCUCCCUCAGCGCGGCCGCCCGGGCCUAGCCGCCCGCCCAUGGCGGCCUCGGCGCCCGAGAAGCCCGCCGCCGCCGCCGCCGCCGCCACCGCCAAGAAGAAGACGGAGAAGAAGCUGGCCGCCCGGGAGGAGGCCAAGCUGCUGGCCGGCUUCAUGGGCGUCAUGAACACCAUGAGGAAACAGAAAACCCUGUGUGAUGUCAUUCUUAUGGUCCAAGAAAGAAAGAUCCCUGCUCACCGUGUUGUCCUUGCUGCAGCUAGUCACUUUUUUAACUUGAUGUUUACGACGAACAUGCUUGAAUCAAAAUCCUUUGAAGUGGAGCUCAAAGAUGCCGAACCCGAUAUUAUUGAACAGCUUGUGGAAUUCGCUUAUACUGCAAGGAUAUCUGUGAACAGCAACAACGUCCAGUCUUUGUUAGAUGCGGCAAACCAGUAUCAGAUUGAACCUGUGAAGAAAAUGUGUGUUGAUUUUUUGAAAGAACAAGUCGAUGCUUCGAAUUGUCUUGGUAUAAGUGUUCUUGCAGAGUGCCUUGACUGUCCUGAGUUGAAAGCAACUGCAGAUGACUUCAUUCAUCAGCACUUCACUGAAGUUUACAAAACAGAUGAGUUUCUGCAACUUGAUGUUAAGCGGGUAACACAUCUUCUGAACCAGGAUACGUUGACUGUAAGAGCAGAGGAUCAGGUUUACGAUGCCGCAGUCAGGUGGCUGAAGUACGAUGAACCCAACCGCCAGCCAUAUAUGGUUGAUAUCCUUGCAAAAGUCAGAUUUCCUCUAAUCUCGAAGAAUUUCUUAAGUAAAACGGUACAAGCUGAACCACUUAUUCAAGACAAUCCCGAAUGCCUUAAAAUGGUGAUCAGUGGAAUGAGGUAUCAUCUACUUUCUCCUGAAGACCGGGAAGAGUUGGUAGAAGGCACCCGACCGCGAAGAAAAAAGCACGAUUAUCGCAUUGCCCUGUUCGGAGGAUCCCAGCCUCAGUCCUGUAGAUACUUUAAUCCAAAGGAUUACAGCUGGACAGACAUCCGCUGCCCUUUUGAAAAACGUAGAGAUGCUGCUUGUGUCUUUUGGGACAACGUCGUCUACAUAUUGGGUGGUUCUCAGCUGUUCCCUAUAAAGCGAAUGGACUGCUACAAUGUAGUGAAGGAUAGCUGGUAUUCCAAACUCGGACCCCCAACGCCUCGAGACAGUCUCGCGGCCUGUGCCGCGGAAGGCAAAAUUUAUACAUCUGGAGGUUCGGAAGUGGGAAACUCAGCUUUGUAUUUGUUCGAAUGUUACGAUACAAGAACAGAAAGUUGGCACACGAAACCCUGCAUGCUGACUCAGCGGUGCAGUCACGGGAUGGUAGAAGCCAACGGCCUCAUCUACGUCUGUGGUGGAAGUUUGGGCAACAACGUUUCCGGACGAGUCUUGAAUUCCUGUGAAGUAUAUGAUCCGGCAACGGAGACGUGGACUGAGCUGUGUCCAAUGAUUGAAGCCAGGAAAAACCAUGGACUCGUGUUUGUAAAGGACAAGAUAUUUGCUGUGGGUGGCCAGAAUGGUUUAGGUGGACUGGACAAUGUGGAAUAUUACGAUAUUAAACUGAACGAAUGGAAGAUGGUGUCCCCAAUGCCGUGGAAGGGGGUCACGGUGAAAUGCGCAGCCGUUGGAUCCACGGUCUACGUCCUGGCUGGUUUUCAGGGUGUGGGCCGCUUAGGGCACAUCCUUGAGUACAAUACUGAAACGGACAAGUGGGUGGCCAACUCCAAAGUUCGGGCCUUCCCAGUCACAAGCUGUUUGAUUUGUGUCGUCGAUACUUGCGGAGCAAACGAAGAGACCCUAGAAACAUGAGAAGAUGGAGGAAACCCCGAGAUCCUCUCCAGAGACUCAGAAAAAUAUGCCCACCAGUGCUCUGCUCCAACAGUUUUGUUACGAAGUCUUUUCGCACACAAUUUUUAAAAUGAUGCGGAAUCCCUAUAAAAUAUGUGUAUUUAAUGUGGGUUUUCUUAUGUCUGCUUGAUAGUUUUAAAAGACAGUAUUUCAUCAGACCACUAGUAUCCAGAAACAUAGGCGUCAUUUACCCAAAAGAAACACACAAAACAAGAAUCUUCCAAAAUUGUAAAUAUUGGGUCAAAGCAUGAACAAAAUGCUGAAAAAUUCUGUAUUCACUUUCAACAGUACAGCUGUAGAACAGUAAAAGAGGUGGAAUAUUGGGUUACUGGCAAAGUUGUGUUAACUCUAGUUCCCAUCUUUAAAUGUCAUGGAACCACUGCAAAUAUUGAUCAGAUUUUUCAGUUCUGCUCCUGUAAGAUCUGAGAUGGAAAGAGCCCAAGUUUUUCAGGUUAGUGUUUAAGGUGCAUUUGAAUUUUUCCAUUAUUCUAGUUCUGUGAUUAGUACACUUCGUAGCACUGCAAAAUUUGCUUCAUCUUCAAAUUUAUUGAAUUACAUAAAGCCCAAACCUGGACACAAAAAAAGUCUUACAAACAAAAUUCUGGAACAGUGUGUUUACACUUAGUACAUUCAGAGCCACUUAAUUCCUUUCUACUCUCCUUUUAUCCAUUAUCAAUUUCCACUAUAAUGAAUAUGCCUCAUGUAACAAA